CACCGAGCGUUCCAUGAAAAGCCUGGUUGGUACUGAGCCGAGACGUCAGCGCUGUGUGACAGGUGACGCGCGGGUCCUGUUGUGCUGCUCUGGCUCCCCAGCCCUGAACAUGGAGGAGGAGGAAGGGGAGUCACGGUCACUGGAAGACGAGGUGGCCGGGGGUCAGUACCCAGCAUGGCAGGGUCAGGGAGAUGGGGAGGAGGAGAGGAGACGGAGAGCUGUCCACAGACCGUCAGUCCUGGACAUACAGUUGGCUUUGGCCCGUCUAUGUGAAGAUGGAUAUGAAGACAGGUCUUCAGAAUCUGACUUGCCGAUGUCUAUUUUAGAAAAUAACCAAGAGUCUCCACAUGAAAGAUCUUUUAUAGGUGAUGUUCGAAUCCAGUCAGCAGGUAAAAUAGUGAGUGAACUCUUUAAGGAGGCAAAGGAGCAUGGAGCUAUUCCCGUAGAAGAAGCCAAUAAAGCUUAUGAAGAUUUUUUUAAAGCAAAAUUAUUUACUGGUGGAGCAUACAAAUUGGGUGAUUCUGCAAUGAAGCAAUCUGAAUAUAUACGGGAUGAUGAACUCUUUGAAAGGCGGCAAGAUGUUCAGAUUUUACUCAAGCUCUGGAGCAAUGGAUUCAGUUUAGAUGACGGGGAACUAAGAUCUUAUACAGACCCAAUAAAUGCCCAGUUUUUGGAAUCGGUAAAAAGAGGAGAAAUUCCUGGGGAGCUAAAGAGAAUGGUUCAUGGAUGUCAGAUCAACUUAGACAUGGAAGAUCAUCAGGACCAAGAAUAUAUUAAACCGAAGUUGAGAUUUAAGGCAUUUAGUGGUGAAGGCCAAAAGCUUGGAAGCCUGACUCCUGAAAUAAUUAGUACACCUUCGUCUCCGGAAGAAGAAAACAAGACAUUUCUAAAUAUAGAUGUUGAACUUGAUGAGCAUGUGCCCACAACAAAAAUUCAGAUUAGAUUAGCCGAUGGAAGCCGCUUGAUAAAAAGAUUCAACCUCAGCCAUAGGAUAAUGGAUGUACGGAACUUUAUUCUCCAGUCCCGCUCGGAGUUCGCCCACACUGAAUUUACAUUAGUUACAACGUUUCCAAACAUUGAACUAACAGAUGAAAAUCAAACACUGGAAGAAGCUAAUAUAUUCAACACUGUGAUUCUACAACGAUUGAAGUAGACUUGCUUUCACAAGCCCUUUAACUUGUAAAAAAUAUUACUUGUUACUUUCAACCAGUAUUAUGUACAGGUUUAAAUAUUUGAUUUUAGUUCUUAUAAAAUAAGUCUAUGAAACUUUACAUUUUGAAAGCUCUAAUUGACAAAGAUAGGGUGAUCAAAUCAUUGAGGCAAUGAUUGAUGUAUCUUUGCUAAUUACAUUACUAAGAAAAUAUACUUCCUAUUGAAUCAUUGAAAACUGUAGUUGUCAGCACCCCGUCUUACACAGCUAUAUUGAACUACGUUUAUUUUUAAUAUGGAGUUUUAAAACAGUUAUUUUGAUAUGGUACAUUUUUCCUAAUUGUGUGGAACUGUGCGAUCUAUAACAAAAUCAUUCUAACCCUCCAAUUGUACUGCUCGAUUUGCAUGUAUGUUUCAAAAUGUUCACUAAAACUCGAAACUUCGCUGUAAAUGGGAGAAGAACUAUGGGGCCUUUUAAAAUGAAUGGUGUGUUUUAAUUUUUUUUUAAUUUUAUUUGGCUUUAUAAUUAAGGAUCAAUUGCCCUUUAAAUUGUACAUUUUUCUUUUAGGAUUGUCUUUUUCUUAAACACACUCUAGCACAUAACUCUAUAACUAGAAAUACAUUUAUCUUUGAUUUUCAAUAAGAAAUUUAUUUAUAUUUUACCAGAGAUACACAUUGCUCUGGUCAUAGAAUCCACCCCUGUGUGCUUUUGAAAGAAAAUAAAAGUAAUCAAAGUAGUGUGUAGACUAAGGAAGUAGUGUGAUGAUUGAAAAUCGAAGAUGUUGCUAUCAAAAUGAAUGAUUCAUUAAUGAUUUUUCUUCCAUAUGAUAAUAGUGAUGCUAGCUAAUCCCUUUCUCUAGUCUUGUAGGAACCAAAUAACUGCUCACCAUAACUUUUAUUCUGUUUUUUUUUUCUCAUCUACACACUUUAAAAGAGAUGCUUCCUGUUUAAUAGAUGUUAAAUUAAUGCCUGUUUCAUGUGCAAUGUUUUAUUUAUUAUCAUUAUUUGUAAAGUGCCAACCUUUAGAACAAUAUAAUGUAUGCAUGUUAUUUAAAUGUGAAUUAUUUAAAUAUGUUCUUUCAUUAACCCAGAUUUAUAUAUGUAUAUAUCAAAUUUAGUUCAAUAAAAUGGCUUAAUUUGUUAUUGUUAGCACAUGACACACUCCACAGCAUUUUUACAUUACACUAUGCUGUCCAUCCAUGGGUAUCAUCAGUCAGUCCUCCUAACACAAUUGCUUGUUCUGGAUACCCCGAAGCCAGAAAACGGUACCAUCUAUAUUCAAACUUUGUCUUUAACAGUUGGUGAAUCAAACUCUGAUUAUAUAUUUACUGGGAUUCACUUUGAUUAGGGUGCAAUAGUUUAUAUUUAAAUAUAAUAUAUAACGGCUGUAAAGCUGCUGUUUAUCCACUGGUCUUUAAGUUUAUUGGCUCAUUUAAAUUAAUACUCUUAGCACCAAAGCAGGGGAUGAUCCAUACACCAAAACCACUUAAUUAAGCUAAAGUUGUUACGGAGCUUAGCGAAAGCAAUGCAAAAACAAAAUAUAGCCCCCAAAGCCCUACAUAUAUCUCCAUUUGGUACAUUACCCUGCAGAGAAACAAAUUUCAGUCCUCAAUUCUAUAUGUCUGCAUCUAAAUGUAAAUGUCAUGUAAAUAGAAUGAAUAUGAUGAAGAAUAAAGUGCAAAGUCGAUUAACCAUCU